GUAGGCAUAACCCGGAAGUUGGCUUGUUUUGUUUACAUUUUCUCUUUUGUUCCGUAAAAAUCCACGAAAAUGUCCAGGAAACGAUCCGAGAGCAUCAAACUGAAGGCCUCAGUCGAGCAGCAGUUGGCGGCGGCUGCUAAAGAGAUCUUCAGGCUGCUGCAGGAGCGCAGCGAAGCAGAGCUGGAGGAGCUGCGGGGGCUGGUUAUGGAGAGACUCGCUGCGGCUGUGGAGCUCAUCUUCAAAGCGUUUGAGGGGAACAAAACGGCCCAAAAAGGGUCGCAGGAGCCCCGUCAGUGUCCAAGAGCCGAGCACGGAGAGAAAAGGGCGGGUCAGUGUGUUUCUGUAUGUAUAUGUGACCAGACGAUGGAGGCUCUACCCAGCACUUCAUCCAGAACAGAGACUGUUUCCAAAUUAAACCGCCAAGCUUCCUCUCAGGAUGAUGCGACAGGAGAGGAGGAGGAAAAUGAUGCAGCCAAGGCCACAUCUCACUGCUGCAGAGUGUGUGGGAAGUCAUUUGACAGUAAAGGCUAUUUCAUUAAACAUGUGGAGAAACACACAAAGGAAGCUGAGUGUCUGUGUGGUGUUUGCGGCGAAAGUUUGGACUCAAGUGACGAUCUGCGAAAGCAUUUUCAAAUUCACAGAGACAGCAGCAGAACCUGUGACUUCUGCGGCAAAAAGUUCCCCUCAAUCCGAGCUCAGGAGACACACCUGAGGAGGCACACAGGGAAAAAACCUUUUAACUGCCACCUCUGUGGCAAAGGCUUCAGCCAGAAGGGAAACAUGGUGACUCACCUGCACACCCACCAGGAUAAGACAUUUCUGUGCACAAUCUGCUCCAAAGAGUUAAGCAACAGCAACUCACUGGAGGAACAUAUGAAGAACCAUGAUGCACAGGUGCCAUUCAGCUGCAAAGUGUGCAAAAAAGGCUUUCCAACAAAUCCAGAACUGAGGCAGCAUUCCCAGAGCCACGAGUCCAACAACCAGCCGACUGAGAGGAGCAAACGCAGAAAACUAAGCCUGGACCCUUCGUACUCCUGCAAGGUCUGCGGGAGUGCUUUUCACAAUAAAGGCAGCUUAGUGCGGCACACAGAGACACAUUUAAAUGAUCCAGACUUUCUUUGUGGCAUCUGUGGAGAGCAGUCCAAAUCCUCGGAAAGCAUGCAGCUCCACAUCCAGAGUCACAGAGAGACGAGCCGGAUCUGCGAAAUCUGCGGUGUCAACUUCAGGGACAUGGAGAUCCACAUGAGGACACAUACAGGUCAAAAACCCUUCAAAUGCAAAGACUGUGGGAAGGAAUUUCCCAGGAAAAACUCUUUGGAAAGACAUGAGAAGCAGCACGCUGAUGAGAGGCCGUAUAUAUGCGAGUUUUGUGGCAAAACUUUUGCUGAAAACGCAGUUCUGAAAAGGCACAUCAAGAAUCACACAGGUGAGAAGCCCAGGAUUUACUCUUGUGACCUCUGUGAAAAGAAGUUUACCAUGAGCCAACAUCUGGAUGUCCACAAAAGGAUCCACACAGGGGAGAAGCCGUUCACCUGCAAGGUCUGCAACAAAAGUUUCAGGCAGAUCGGCAACCUGGACUCUCACAUGAGGAUCCACACAGGCGAGAAGCCGUUCAUCUGCAGCCUCUGUGGGAAAAGGUUUCGCCAGAAGAUCUCACUGGAGACACAUGAGCGGUUCCACAAGAAGGAUAAAGUUUUCAUCUGCCAGCUCUGCAGCAAAGGCUUUGUCCAAAAGAUCGACCUGAAGAGACACAUGAUGACGCACACUGGUGAAAAACCGUUCAGCUGCCAUGUCUGUGGAAAGUCUUACCAAGACCGACGCUCGCUGGACUCGCACAUGAAGGUCCACACAAGAGAACAGACUGCCAAAGACUUGGCUGAGAUAUCAAAGCAUCAGGAAGAAAUUCAACCUGACUUCAUCCAGCUGUGA